AUGGGUUCAACGUCCACAUCGAUCAUCUGGUGGCCAUACCUGACCACUGUUUAUUAUACAGAGCCCACGAGGACCCCAGUCCCCGCGGCUUCGUCCUGGACCACCAUCGGCUUGACCUCGUCGCCAUCCCCAACCUCAGUCUCUUCCACCUCUUCCAUGUCAAGUCUCUCCUUUGCCUCCUCUCCCCUUUCUUCGUCGUCUUCUUCUCUGGCGACCAUGCCCCUUCCGAGCUCCAGUCCGAUGCCAGCCCAAGAUACCACAACGGCAGUCGCUCAGCAGCAGCCUGGACCGAAGCUCAGCAAGAUGGAGAUUAUCUGGAUAGGCGCGACUUCAGGUUUUGUGGUCAUACCUUUCAGCCGGAGCCAGAACCAGAGAAGACCCAGAAUGUGGGCUGACCUCCCCAUCUCUGAGCCCCGGCGCCUAGGGCAGUCAUCUAGGGCGCUUCUCCCGUGGGGUGCGAAUGGAGAGCACCGCAAAACACCUGUCAUUACCGUCCAGCCUGCCCGGCGCCAGCGACAAGUCGUCGAUAUCGGCUUCUACUCGGGCGCCGGUGUCGACCACGUUCAGACGCAGAUGAGCCAGAAUCAGCACGCCGACGUGGGCUUUUACUCUGGCGAGGCGAUCGACCAGGUGCAGCAGAAUGAGCAGCCCCAGCCCCAGCCCCAGCCCCAGCCCGCCGGCGGAAACAGAGGCUAUGACCUCUUCAUCGGAGCAAGGAACCAACUCCGGCUCAACGCGGCCGUGAACCUGUUUCACCGAGCGACAGAGGAACUCGGGGAACACGUUGCGGCUCAAGCAAAUCCUCCACGGUCCCCCACGCCAUCUGACCAUGGCAGCCUGGAAGGAGGCGCCAGCCUGAGGCGCUUCAAGAGCAUUCGGCAGUACGUCUGCAGCUAUGUACCACGGGUCUCCAGCAGCACACCGCAGAGUCGGAGUUCCACGUCUCUGGUCGCCGCCAUCUCCACCACAGAACAACAACAAGAAGACGGCGCCGAGCUGCACUCCGAAGGCCCAGACGCUACCAUCGUCGAGAACAGCGACGGGUUGUCUUCGCGCCCCUGGGACUCGUCCGAGUAUGCGGGCAGCAUCAGCUCGCUGACCGAUGUCGCGCCUGCGUCCGCGGUGAUGGCUGUCAGGAGGAACGCCAUGUCUGCUGUGAUUGUCAACAUUGGCGGUCGAUCGUCGGCGCAGCGUCGACCAGUCCGAGUCUAG